AUGGCACCAGUCCGCCGCAUCGCGCAGAUCGUCCAUCUGAAGCCCUCCGCCGUCGAGGCCUACAAAGAAUGCCAUGCGAACGUAUGGCCCGAGGUCCUGCAGCAGAUCAAAGAAUGCAAUAUCAGAGACUACUCAAUUUUCUUCGACAAUGAGCGCACGUUAUUUGCGACGUUCAAGUAUGUCGGCGAUGAUUAUGAGGCCGAUAUGGAGAAGAUGAGGGCAAAUCCGAAAGUGCGGGAGUGGUGGGCGAUGACUGAUGGGAUGCAGAUGUGGACGAUGCUAAUGUGUUCUUAUUUGCAGGAGAGUCCCAUUCCUGGCGCGGUCGGCAGUGCAGAGGGUCCUGGGUGGUGGAAGGUCCUGGACGAAGUCUUUUACACCGAUUGA